AUGACUACCGUUGAAAAGAUCAAAUCCAUCGAAGAUGAGAUGGCCAAGACUCAGAAAAACAAGGCAACGUCUUUCCACUUGGGACAACUUAAAGCCAAGUUGGCAAAGCUCAGACGUGAACUAUUAACAGACGGAGGCUCUGGAGGUGGAGGUGGUGGUAUUGGGUUCGAUGUGGCAAGAACUGGUGUAGCCACUGUUGGUUUUGUCGGAUUUCCGUCGGUUGGUAAAUCAACCUUGUUGUCAAAGUUGACAGGUACUCACUCUGAAGCAGCAGCAUAUGAGUUUACAACAUUGACAACGGUUCCCGGAAUCAUAAAAUACAAAGGUGCUAAGCUACAAAUGUUGGAUUUGCCUGGUAUCAUUGAAGGUGCUAAGGAUGGUAAAGGUAGAGGUAAGCAGGUUAUUGCCGUUGCUAGAUCUGUUAAUCUUCUAUUCUUGGUGUUGGACGUUAACAAGCCAUUACAACAUAAAAGAAUCAUUGAGCACGAACUAGAGGGUGUGGGUAUCAGAAUCAACAAAGAACCACCAAAUAUUGUCAUAACCAAAAAGGAAAGGGGGGGCAUAAACAUCACAAGCACAGCGCCAUUAACCCAUUUAGACAACGACGAAAUCAGAGCAGUCAUGUCAGAGUAUAAAAUCAACAGUGCAAAUAUUGCCUUUAGGUGUGAUGCAACAGUUGACGACUUGAUUGAUGCUAUAGAAUACAAGGCUAGGAAGUACAUUCCCGCCAUCUAUGUUUUAAACAAAAUAGAUUCGUUUUCGAUUGAGGAAUUAGACUUGUUGACCAAGAUCCCCAAUGCAGUUCCCAUAUCUUCCGGUAACGGAUGGAAUUUGGAUGAUUUGUUGGAAGUCAUGUGGUCUAAACUAAAAUUGGUUAGAGUCUACACAAAGCCCAAAGGGAAAUUGCCCGAUUUCAAUGAGCCCGUUGUCUUGAGGAGUGAUAGAUGCACAGUUGAAGAUUUCUGUAACUCCAUUCACAAGUCAUUGGUGGAGGACUUUAGAAACGCUUUGGUUUUUGGAACAUCAGUUAAACACCAGCCACAAAUUGUAGGACUCAGUCACGUGCUAGAAGAUGAAGAUGUAAUCACGAUUUUGAAAAAGUAA